AUGGCUAAAGACUUACAGGCGUGGAUACAAGAAAAUACUGAGUCGAAAGUGACUGAGAAGUUUGUGCAGGCAAUAAAGAACAUUGCGAAGCUCCACAAUGCAGACUGCAGUAAGUUUGAACGCACAUGUAUGGCAUUGGGAAAGUUCCGGGGUAAGGAAAGGUUUUUGAAGGAGCUUUUUCAGUAUUUGACAGCUCAGAAAAUUGAUAGUAAACGUCCUGCAAGUGAUGAGGACGAUCAAGCAGAUGAUGCAGUACCCGUACCGAGCCCAGUGCAGCUUAAUCGUGCUAGGAGGAAGGUUUUGGCGUUUGACUUUGAGGAUGACAAUGAUUCUAACGAUGAAUGCGUAAAUGCACCUAAUUUAGGCUUGUCAAAGAGUGAUGAUGGCGUUAUUCCCAUUAAAAAGAUCAAGAAGUCGACUGCUCAGCGGUUGAAAGUAUUCUCUGAGAAACAGGGCCCAAAGGUUACAGAAAAAUACCAAUUGAUAAAAAAAAGUGCUGCUGUGGUCCCUGUACUAGAAGCUAUUCCGGAUUUGAGCCAGAUGCGCCGCAAGGCUGUUGAUCAGCAGGUAUCGGAGCCUCGUCCUGAAGAAACUGACCAAAUUCCCAUAGAAGAAAGUGUCGCAGAGGAUAGAGACUGGUAUAAUAGUGACGAAUUUGACGCUUUUGUUGCAUAUCCCGAAGAGGCCAACGAAGAACCUGUGAAUAGCAAGAACUUCUCGCAGUCGAUAGACAAUGUAGAGGUCGGCCUGAGGAUACGGUUAACGGCCAUUCCAUUAAAUGAAAGAAAAGAUAUAAUUCCGCCGUUUCUGAAGGUUUAUGAGAAUGAAGAUGGAGAGCGGGCAAUUAUAGGUGCAAUGGGUGGUACACAAGGCCCAGGAAGUGGAAUAAUAAAUCCUUUUAGAACACCAGAGAGCGAGUUCUCUAUAAACGCAAGAAGAGGAAGUAAGGUUGUGGCAGAACUGCGUAAAAAAAGUGAUAGAAGAGAGCAGGCUUCUCAAGCAACCAAGUUUACGGGGACAGCAGCUGGAAAUAUACUUGGUAUAAAAGAAAACUCAGCUCCCAAGAGUAAAAAAGCUGUAGAAGACAGCAUGGAUGAACCUCGAGAACAGAAUCGUGAGGAAAUUAAAAGGGUGAGAGAGUCUUUACCAGCUUACAAAUGCCGAUCAGAUUUAUUGCAGAUUAUUAGGGAUAAUCAAUCAGUAGUUGUCAUUGGUGAAACGGGUUCUGGUAAAACAACACAGCUUGGUCAAUACCUUUAUGAGGAAGGCUUUUGUAAGGGUGGGAAAAUGAUUGGCGUUACACAACCUCGUCGUGUAGCGGCUAUGUCUGUAGCGAAGCGUGUUGCUGUAGAAAUGGGAGUAGAGUUAGGAAAGGAAGUUGGUUUUGCAAUUAGAUUUGAAGAUAAAACUUCGAGUUUAACGAGGAUUAAAUUCAUGACUGACGGUAUUCUAUUGCGAGAAACUAUGUUAGAUGAGAUGCUCGAUAACUACAGUUGCAUAAUCAUGGAUGAAGCCCAUGAAAGAUCAUUAAAUACUGAUGUUUUGUUUGGUAUAUUCAAGAACCUAUUAUCCAAACGAAGAGAUCUGAAAUUGAUCAUUACAUCUGCAACCAUGAAUGCUAAUAAGUUCUCACAAUUCUUUGGUGAUGCUCCACAGUUCACUAUCCCAGGUAGGACUUUUCCUGUUCAAGUCAACUACGCAAAAUAUCCUGUAGAAGACUACGUUAGUGCAGCUGUUAACCAAGCUGUUGAUAUUCAUCUUACUACGUCUUCUAAUAGUGGAGACAUACUUAUCUUUAUGACAGGACAAGAAGAUAUAAAUGCUACCUGUGAGUUGUUAAAGGAAAGUAUCCUAAAUGCAAGGAUAAAACGCAAGGAACAUACUAAUAUAAAUGUACUGGACGAUGUUGAAAUACUACCAUUAUACUCUUCGCUUCCUGCAGACAUUCAAGGUAAGAUUUUUAAAGCUACACAGCUGGAUAAACGCAAGAUUGUAAUUGCUACUAAUAUUGCGGAAACUUCUCUUACGAUUGAUGGCAUUAAGUAUGUUAUAGAUAGCGGUUAUUCGAAAUUGAAAGUCUAUAACCCCAGAAUUGGUCUCGAUAGCUUGGCAGUGACCCCCAUAUCUUUGGCAAAUGCAAAUCAACGAUCAGGUAGAGCUGGUCGUACUGGUCCUGGUAUUGCAUACCGAUUGUAUACAGAAGAUUCGGCGCUUGAAGAUAUGUACCCGCAAUCGAUACCAGAAAUCCAACGUACUAACCUAUCGAAUACAAUGCUGCUUCUAAAGUCCCUUGGUGUCACAGAUAUACUCAAAUUUUCGUUCCUAGAUAGUCCCCCUACGGAAAUCCUGAUGGUAUCACUAUUUGAACUUUGGUCUUUAGGUGCUGUUGAUAACUUCGGCAACUUAACGAGCUUGGGAAACAAAAUGGCUAAGUUUCCAUUGCAGCCUUCUCUAUCCAAAAUUCUACUAAUGUCAGUUACACAUGAAUGUAGCGAGGAAAUGGUUACCAUUGUUUCAAUGUUAUCUGUACCUCAAGUUUUCUACAGACCGAAGGAGAGAGAAAAUGCAUCAGAUAAAGCAAGGAAUAGAUUUCUAGUUGCUGAAUCUGAUCAUUUAACGCUUCUAAAUGUUUAUUCGCAAUGGAAAUCCAAUAGGUAUUCCGUAGAUUGGUGUACUAGACAUUUCUUGCAUUAUAAAUCACUGAAAAGGGCAUAUGAUAUUAGAUUGCAACUUGUCAGUAUAAUGGAGAAGGAGAGACUGUCUUUGGUAUCGAUUGGGCAGGAAUGGGACGUAUUGAGAAAGUGUAUUUGUGCUGGAUAUGUGAAUCAGGCCGCUAGGUUGUCGGGUCUAGCCCAAUAUGUUCACUUGAGAAACGGUAUGAAUUUGAAGCUUCAUCCUACAAGCGCUUUAUAUGGUGCCGGAGAUUUACCACCAUAUGUUGUCUACCACGAACUGUUACUGACUUCUAAGGAAUACAUUGCUGUUGUUACUGCCGUAGACCCAUUUUGGCUAAUGGACUACGGUAACCUCUUCUAUAGCAUUAAAAAAAUCUCAGAUCGUGAAGUUUAUGGCCUAUAUGAUAAUGAGCUCGAAAAUAAGACAUAUGAGGAACCAGACAGCUUGGACCAAACCAUUAAUACUUACAACCGUUCAAGAGAGUUAAUGUUGGAAAAAUUGAAGGAGGACACAGAUAAACUUAAAAGUAGAAGCCUCGAUAAUGUCCAGAAGAGGGACACUGAUUGCAACCCGAGGUUACGCAUUGGUUUCAAAAAGAGGCGUCCAUUCUAA